GGUCCAGUUUGUGUACACAGAUCAGAUUCACGUGCAGGUGUAACGCAGCAGUCAAAGCGAUCGUGGGCAACAAAGUCAUGCAUUGGGCAAUGGCGCGAAACUGGCAGGCAACAUAACACAACACGAUUGCUACCGUUAGAUAUGAAACACGAAAGCUAAGCUUGAUUAAGCGCUGGUGGAAGUGAACAACACAUACUGGUGCAUAUAUCACAUGACUUAUAUUUGCAGAACAAAUCGAGGUGUUGGUUUAGCGACCUUUCUGCGUGAUACGGAUUGUAAACAUGAUGGGCCGACUUCACCGCUACCACUUAGCACACCUAGCAUCAACCCACACUGUUGACAACACCUUUGAUAAACCGUCACAAAAUGGUUAAAAACGCGCACAUACCUGAUCUAAAUUAUCGUCGCUUGCACUGUCUUCGGAGUCAGAGUCAAUGACGACUCGACCUCUCCGCUUCUUUACACUGACCAUGAUUAGCCACACUGCUAACCAGCUAUGUGUCGUCUGUGUUUGAGGCUAGCGGGUUAGCAAGACGGUCACCAAAAGACUAAACUGAGCAUGCGUCGUUUUUUCCCCCCACUCCAAACUUUAUUGUUCAAUUUGUUAACAAAUACUAAACACAAUUCUAUAUUGUAGGAUACACAUUUGGCGCUUAUUAAACUGUACAUUAAAAUAAGCUUUCACGAAACUCAAUUAAAGGAAUUAAAUGUUAUUUUGAAAGGACAGUCGGUUAAUGGGUGGAACUAUUAGUUGACCGGUUAGACACCGACCCGGACAAACAUUAGUGACGUACGACCGCUUUGAGUAACAACCUUGCCCGUGCACAUGAACACUUUAUUAAAUUGUUCAGUACAUUAGUAUAUUUUUGCCAUUCAACGUAUAUUUUUGCUGUUUGACGAACCUUUUCUGGCCACCCUUCGUUAAAGUCAUCAUGAUCGCAGUAUAAGCCAAACCAGAACGGUUUUCAAACAUGGCUCAUCGACGUCCAGCGAGGGUGCUCAUGUCCAUCCUUCAACAGCAGCUGUUUCUACACGCUGCCAGUCCAGCCACGGUUUGCAGACGAGCCUUCAUGCAACAGGAGUACAGACGACCUGGUCAGCCUAAAGUGGACAAGUUUCCUUGGGAGAAGAUCAACUUCGACUUCAACAAGGGUGUGGAGGGCAUCAAAAAGCAUUUCAUGUUGAUGAAGAAUGAGUUUUUUGAGCGCUUUGUUGGCCCACAAGGAAAGCCCCUCGUUGAACACAUAUUGGAGCAAAAUCAAGUCAUAUGGGAGUUCAGGGGCCCUGAAAGUCUGGAGCAGUGGAUGGUGUCCUCAGAUCAGGAGAUCGGAGGUCAAAGUGAGGUCCACUUAACGCUCGGGAGAAACAAUGACACAUGUCUCUUGUAUGGAACUCUAAGCUCGGCGACUCCACGAGAUGGAGAGACUCGAUACAGUGGUUACUGUACAUUGCGCUCCAAACAGCAGCUGGCUUCAUUGGACAGGAAGAAACAUCAUGACUGGUCCUGUUUCAACAUGCUGCAUCUACGUGUGCGAGGAGAUGGCCGCCCAUGGAUGAUCAACAUCCAACCAGAGUCCUACUUCUCUCAUCAGAAGGAUGACAUCUAUAGCUAUUUCCUCUACACCAGGGGAGGCCCCUACUGGCAGGAAGUCAAGAUACCGUUUUCAAAGUUUUUCAUCACACAUAAAGGCAGGGUUCAAGACAGCCAGCAUUACCUGAUGCUGGAUAAGGUCAAUACAAUUGGAUUCACCCUUGGAGACAACGUCGAUGGUCCUUUCCAGCUGGAGAUCGAUUUCAUUGGAGUGUGCAAAGACUAUGCACACACUGAAGAAUUUGCUUAUGAGUCGUAUGCGAAAAAUUGACAAUGAUAAACACAAUAACAUAAAUAACCGUCUUCUGGAGAAACGAUUGUGCAAGAUGUUUAAUGAUGAAAUGAAUGACUUCAAAGUAACUGCAAAAUCCAUAAAAACAAUUUAAUGUAAGCGCAGAAUUUUUUUACACCGAUGUCAGUAAACAGUUUGAGCAGUAUGUACACGAAGAAAAAACAAAACAAAAACAGAUUACCGAAAUAAGAAGUGAAUUCUAGAAAGAACACUAAAUGGCAGGGCGGCGGGUAGUAAAUGUUUAAAAUCGGUUGCAAGUAACACUGAAACAAAAACUAUACUAGCAACUCCUCUACAGAAGUCACAUCAUAACAAGCCCCCUUCUCGCACCAAGCAUGUUGUCCUUCUUCUGCUUCCGUUCUUCUGUUUGUUUUUCUCUCCGCACCUCCCUGAGGAAAAGAGAUGGAUGAGAUCUGCUUUUAAAUUUACAAUUAUUUUACAGAGAUUCAAGUUACUGAAGCUACAGUUGUGUUUAUAAUCUACCUGGUCUGCACUCGGUGCUGCUUGUAGUUCUUCUCAUGGGUGUUCAUGAUCAAUGACUUGUUUCCUUUUGCGUUCUCCUUUGUUUCUCCAAAUGGCUUCAGCUUUCCUGAUGAUGAGAGAUGCAUUUUGUAAACAACAUGAGGUUUACUUUUGAAAAGGAGAUUUAUGAACAGCUUCGCACCUGUGUGAGGUUUGUAGCCAAGUGGACGAGACAGGCUGGCUUUCAGGUCAAAGGUUGGCUUCUUUUGGGUCCCAGGAGUUGCCGUUGUAUUGGCAGAGAAGACAAACGUCCCUGCGGGGAGAAACACUUCCAUGUAAAGGGGUAUAGAAACAAUAGUCCAUAUGGAAUGCUAUGUACUGUGGACACAUGCGUGCAACUCUAAUAAACACCACGAAUCAAAGCAAAAUUUUCAUUAUGAAAUUAGCAUUUAUGUGAAAAGGGCAAUGUAAUUGUUUAGCAUAGUUCGGUGUUGUACAGAACACAAGUGGAUGUGAGGCUACCGUUGGUCUUCGAGGUGGAGAGCAUUGAUGUCCUGCUGUUGUUAAGCUUCCCGACAUCAUUGGUCUUUGGAGUAAUAGAGGUGACACAGGGCGACAUGCGCGCUGGUGUUUUAAUUAAAGACCCCUUGUACUCAUUGUCGCGAGUGGCCUCAGAGAACCUGCAGGGGGAAAAAAGCACAACUGUUGAAGAAAAGAAGUAACGAAAGAGGCUUAAAGUCUGAGACAGCUGGAGAAGACCGACUCACCGGACAUUGAUCCUUCGAGUGGACAGGACGGACGGUCUGAAUGGAACGUCCUCCUUUUUGGCAGCCGAGUAGGUGAGUCUACGUUUGUCCUCCACAGGCCUCUUGUUACUUAGUGCGGGACUGAACAUGGAAGUGCGCCCUGGAAUUGC